AUGUCGGACAGCAGCGCCAACAGCAGUCCCAUCAGCAGUCCCAUCAAGACGAGACGAUGCUCAUCAACCGCAUCCAGCGAGUCCUCACUCCGCGACCUAGAAACAGAAUACCUAGCUCUCCGGGACGAGCACCUGAGCUACGAAGACGACGCUGAGUUUCACAUCUUUAUCGAUGCGCUGGACCGUGUCGACACACUCGUCACCGAGCACACUCCGAAGGCAGAGAGGAGAACGUCGUUUGGCCGCAUCUUGAGUGGGUUCAAGAUGCGCAAAGACAAAGACAAGACGUCAGGAUCGGCAGAAGAACCAGCUUGA